AACGUCACCCUUGUGGUCUUGGCAUGUUUCGUCCUAUUCUCCGUCCUGCAUCUACAGCCGUACGCGAGCUAUUUAGCCAAGCCUAUAUGGUACCCGCGAAUAUUGGACAAUAUGAACAAUAGGACCAGCCGUAUUUGCGAGCAAUGCUGCCGACCUGUGAACAACAUCUUCUUGCUUAAGACCCAUAAAUGUGCUAGUUCAACGAUACAAAACAUAAUUAUGCGAUACGGAGAUAGGAGGAAUUUAUCUUUCGUUCUGCCGAGGGAAGGAAAUUAUUUAGGACAUCCGAAACCGUUCUCGAAAUUCAUGUUGCCGUUGGAUCAGGUGCCGUCCUACGGAUUCAAUAUUCUUGCCCAUCAUACGCGGUACGAUCUCGCGGCGAUCAAAGAGGUGAUGCCUCCAGACACUGCAUUUCUCACAAUUUUGAGGGAUCCGGCGGAUUUGUUUGACUCGAUGUAUGCCUAUUUCGGUCUGUACAAUUACACCGGCGCGAGCCUAACGCAAUUCGCGAAUGACGGCGAUCGUCAAAGCUUCCUGAGAAUGAACCGCUUCGAAGAUCGCUUCGGACCGAACCAGAUGAUGUUCGAUCUGGGCUACGACGUUGAGAGACUCAACGAAACUUCGAUACAAGAAGCGAUUGAGAAAAUCGAACGCGAAUUCGAUCUAGUUCUCAUUACGGAGUACUUCAACGAGUCCCUGAUUCUGCUCAAAAACAUCUUCUGUUGGGAUACCCAGGACAUAAUGUAUUUUAAACAUAAUAAGCGAAAGCAAGAAGGAUCGAUCUCUCGAGAGGUCCGAGAAAGCCUCCGGCGUUAUAAUGCGGCCGACAUGAAAUUGUAUCGACAUUUUAAAUCGAAGAUGGAGGCACUCAUCGAUGCUUUCGGCAGGAAGAGAAUGGAGGAAGAGGUCAAUAACCUUCAACUUUGGACGAAACUAAUUUAUCAACAUUGUGUCGAGAAUCUCGGCGAAUCGACUCUGAAGGAAACGAAAGCGUACUCGAAAGACGUUCUCAGCAUCGUCCUCAAGUCAGGAGUGCAAGGAAACGGACAGAAUCGCAUGUGUUACGAUAUGGCGCGCGCAGAGCUUCCCUAUACCGAGAGGCUCCGCGAAAAGCAGAGGCUAUUUGCCAAGUCCGCUCAACUUCUGUGA